UGGAGUUGAGUCUGAAUGGAAGUGGCGCGCGGCUCCUGACGUUACCGGGUUUCAGAGGCUGGGAUUUGUACAUAGGCUGACAUUCGGGUGCUUCGGACCUCCGGGGCCGAGCGGAUCGCGAGGCGGGGGCGGUGAAAGCGCGGCGAACGUUGGUGGAAGUGGACGGUUCUCUGUGGCCCCAAGAUAUGGCUCAUAACAGGAUCCCGCCGCGGUGGCUGAACUGUCCGCGGCGCGGCCAGCCGGUGGCAGGAAAAUUCUUACCUCUGAAGACAAUGUUAGGACCAAGAUAUGAUAGUCAAGUUGCAGAAGAAAAUCGAUUUCAUCCCAGUAUGCUUUCAAAUUAUUUAAAGAGUUUAAAGGUUAAGAUGGGCUUACUGGUAGACUUAACAAAUACGUCGAGGUUUUAUGACAGAAACGACAUAGAAAAAGAAGGAAUCAAAUAUAUAAAACUUCAAUGUAAAGGACAUGGUGAAUGUCCCACAGCUGAGAACACAGAGACAUUUAUUCGUCUGUGUGAGCGGUUUAAUGAGAGAAAUCCACCGGAACUUAUAGGUGUUCAUUGUACACAUGGUUUCAAUCGUACUGGUUUCCUCAUAUGUGCCUUUUUGGUGGAGAAAAUGGAUUGGAGUAUUGAAGCAGCAGUUGCUACUUUUGCCCAAGCCAGACCACCAGGAAUCUAUAAGGGCGAUUAUUUGAAAGAACUCUUUCGUCGUUAUGGUGACAUAGAGGAAGCACCACCCCCACCUCUCUUGCCAGAUUGGUGUUUUGAGGAUGAUGAGGAUGACGAUGAGGAUGAAGAUAGAAAAAAAGAUUCAGAACCUGGAUCAAGUGCCUCCUUUGGCAAGAGGAGAAAAGAACGGUUAAAACUGGGUGCCAUUUUCUUGGAAGGCAUAACUGUGAAAGGUGUAACGCAAGUAACAACUCAACCAAAGUUAGCAGAGGUUCAGCAGAAGUGCCAUCAGUUCUGUGCCUGGGAAGGGUCUGGAUUCCCAGGAGCACAGCCUGUUUCCAUGGACAAGCAGAAUAUUAAACUUUUAGAACAGAAGCCAUAUAAAGUAAGCUGGAAAGCAGAUGGUACGCGUUAUAUGAUGCUGAUUGAUGGCACAAAUGAAGUUUUUAUGAUUGACAGAGAUAAUUCAGUGUUUCAUGUUUCAAAUAUGGAAUUUCCCUUUCGUAAAGAUCUUCGUAUACAUUUAUCAAAUACUCUCUUGGAUGGGGAAAUGAUUAUUGACAAAGUAAAUGGGCAGGCUGUUCCUAGAUACUUGAUAUACGACAUAAUUAAAUUCAAUGCACAGCCAGUUGGAGAUUGUGAUUUUAAUACUCGUCUUCAGUGUAUAGAAAGAGAAAUAAUAAGUCCUCGUCAUGAAAAAAUGAAGACUGGUCUCAUUGACAAAACACAAGAACCGUUUAGUGUCAGAAAUAAGCCCUUUUUUGACAUCUAUACUUCAAGAAAGCUCCUUGAAGGAAGUUUUGCCAAAGAAGUAAGCCAUGAGAUGGAUGGACUCAUUUUUCAGCCUACUGGGAAAUACAAACCUGGUCGAUGUGAUGACAUUUUGAAAUGGAAGCCUCCCAGUCUGAAUUCUGUGGAUUUUCGCCUAAAGAUAACAAGAAUGGGAGGAGAAGGGUUACUUCCUCAGAAUGUUGGCCUUCUCUAUGUUGGAGGUUAUGAAAGACCCUUUGCACAAAUCAAGGUGACAAAAGAGCUAAAACAAUAUGACAAUAAAAUUAUAGAAUGCAAAUUUGAGAAUAACAGCUGGGUCUUCAUGAGGCAGAGAACAGACAAAAGUUUUCCUAAUGCCUACAACACUGCCAUGGCUGUGUGCAACAGCAUUUCAAACCCUGUCACCAAGGAAAUGUUGUUUGAGUUCAUUGACAGAUGUGUAGCAGCCUCUCAAGGACAAAAGCAAAAACAUCAUCUAGAUCCUGACACAGAGCUUAUGCCACCACCACCUCCAAAAAGACCGCCACGCCCAUUGACCUAA